AUGGCACCACGCUCUCCCACGCACGCAUUUGACCCGACGCCCGCUCUCGAAUACGACCCGUACAAUUUCUCCCCUGUCAAUCUCUCUGCUUCGAUGGACGUUUCGAAUAACAGCACCUUCAAAGGUGUCCGCUUUUCUGAAAUGCCAUCGGUCCUUCCCCAAGCCCGGCAUUCCAUAGCCACCACCACUGUUCCAUUAUUACGCCCCGUUUCCUCCGCGAGUCAGAUCCCCAAACAUGGUUUUCAGAUGACAAAUCCGACUGGCGAAGUCGACAUUACCGCGUACAUGGAACAGUGUAGAAUGUUGAACAAUCAAUUGAGAGAGGCACACAACUGCGAACGAAGAACGUGGGACAUAGAGCGGACUGCGCUCAAGGCUCGUAUUUCUGAGCUAGAGAGACGGUUGGCGAGAAGUAGGGAUUCCAAGAGGAGGUCGAGCAACGACUCUUCAGAUGCAAGCCUACAGUCGUUCAAGGUAGAUUUCAAGCCUCUGUCGGGUACGACCAAUCGAGCUAGAGCCUCAUCAGACUCAAGUGGAGGAGCACCUCCAGUCUGGCAAGGUCCCGAAGUGCUUCCUCCUGUAACAAGGGUAUUCUCACAUGAAGACACUGCCGGACAUCUGCCGAGCAUCUCAGAGAACGAACCAUUCCCGCCACUGUCCAAGGAGAUUUCUCCAACCACUCAGAAGGAGGUGGAGAAUGUCCCGGUACCCGUCGAGAAGGUAGACAAGUCUCUCGACGGCAUCACUCUGAAGUCGGCUGGUUUAGCUUCCACAUUCGACACGGGAAUCACCAGCCCACAGUUUGCUUCACCUGCUCAUACACCCUCUCCACAACCAAAGAGAACCGCAGAAGGUCCGUUACAGAUUGACGUUAGAUCGUUGCUCUCGCCACUGGAUGAGAAGCUGAAACGAAAUGCCGGACACACUCCAAUGGCUUUCGAUGGAACUGUGUCUUCGGGCACUGACAGUACGACCAAUUUAACUCCCAAACAAGAAAACCCCCUAGCACCAGCACCAACAAAAAGACCGACUCUUCGUCCUGCAGAAAAUUCGGACUCGUACUUUUCUUUUACCUCAGCUGUUCCCAAUCCAGUGGAGGAGGUCCCAGAAACACUUCCGCAAGAAGUUGAGCCUGAGCCACAACAUGAACCUGAGGAUGACCACAGUCUGAAAGGCCCGCUCAUGCUUGACCCUGGUGCCAAGUCAGAGGCUGCAAAUGUGUUUCUCGAAAAAGUCGAUGCCAUGCUCUCAGAAGAGGCAGCUGUGCGUUCGAGAUAUGAAACGGCUCUAGCCGACGACAAUGACGACAAGAAACCCCUAGAAUCGUCAAAUAAGCCACCCACUCAAGAAACAGACGACGAACCCAGAUUAAAAAUCAAAAAUAGCAUGAACUUCGGCAGUGCCUGGGGUGGCGACAUGCCUGGUCGCAUAUGA